ACUAACUAGUUCAGAGGACACACCAUCAGAGACUGGCUGAGGGAGAGACAGAGACCGAGGGCAACCACGGUGUAAUACAUCUUUGGAUUUCCACAGUUUACACACUGACAGGUCCCAGAAAAUGGUGUUUGGCAUCCGGAAGCGUAUCCAUGACCACCUGGUGGAGCGAAGAAUCUGCAGAACCCGGCUGGUGACCAAAUAUGGGCGCUGCAACAUUGAAUUCGGCAACGUGAAGUACGGCAACCAUUUUGCCUUCCUCUUGGACUUCUGGACGACCUUCGUAGAGUUCCGCUGGCGCUUUGUCCUCUUCUUCUUCAUUGCCUCCUUCACCCUGAGCUGGUUCAUAUUUGGACUGCUGUGGUUCUGGAUCGCCCGGAACAACGGGGACCUGACGUGGCAGAACCCCUCGAAAGGCCACAUCCCAUGUGUGGACAACGUCUACAAUCUCAUUACAGCAUUCCUCUUCUCCCUGGAGACCCAGACCAGCAUCGGUUACGGUGGACGUGCCAUCACCCCUUUCUGUUCUGGUGCUGUAACCCUCAUCAUUAUCCAGUACCUCAUAGGUAACAUCAUCAACUGCUUCAUGUGUGGAGUCAUCCUGGCCAAGAUCUCCAUCCCUAAGAAAAGGGCCAAGACCAUCACAUUCAGUGAGAUGGCUGUCAUCUGUCCUAAGAAGGACUUCCUUUGCCUCAUGAUAAGAGUGGCCAACUUGCGCAAGACCCUGAUGAUUGGGAGCCAGAUCUACGGCAAGCUGUUGAGGACAACCAUCAAACCCGACGGGGAGACAAUCAUCAUGGACCAGGUGAACAUUGAGUUCGUGGUGGACGCUGGGAAGGACAACCUCUUUUUUGUGUGCCCUCUCACACUCUACCAUGUGAUUGACAAUACUAGCCCUUUCUUUGAGAUGGCAGUGGACACACUCCAUAAGCAAGAGUUUGAGCUGGUGGUCUUUCUGGACGGCACAACCGAGUCCACCAACUCAGCCUGCCAGGUCAGGACUUCCUUCAUCCCUCAGGAAAUCAUGUGGGGUUACAACUUCCUGCCCAUCAUCUCCCGCAACAAAGAGGGCAAGUACAGAGUGAACUUCUCCAACUUCUCCAAGGUGGUACCCGUGGCUACUGCACACUGUGCCUACUGCUUCCACAACAUGAAGGGACACCACCUCCACACCAUUGACGGAAUUGACAACAGGGAAUUUGAAGUGAUUGAUAACUUAGAACAACCUAAUAUGACCAAGAUGUGAGCUUUUGGAGAGAAUAUGUGGAAUAGAAGCCAGUUAUAGGUUGUACUCUUAGAAGAAAAGGGUUCCAACAGGUUCUUCAGCUAUGCCCAUAGGGUAGCCCUUUUGUAUCAACACUGUAAAAAAAAAAUCUGAACAAGCCUGAUUUUCCUGCAUUCAUACUUUAAAAUCGUAUUAUUUAAUUUUAAGAAGGAUUUACUGUACAGUCAAAAGUUUGGACACAUCUACUCAUUCAAGGGUUUUAGUCUUUAUUUGUACAAUUUUAUACAUUGUAGAAUAAGACAUCAAAACUAUGAAAUAUGAAAUAACACAUAUGGAAUCAAGUAGUAUACAAAAAAGUGUUAAAUAAAAAAAAUAUAUAUAUAGCUGAGAUUCUUCAAAAUAGCCACCCAUUGUCUUGAUGACAGCUUUGCACACUCUUGGCAUUCUCUCAACCAUGAAGGGACCUGGAAUGUCACGUGGAGUGCAUUUCAAUUAACAGGUGUUCCUUGUUAAAAGUUAAUUUGUGGAAUGUCUUUCCUUCUUAUUAAUGUGUUUGAACCAAUCAGUUGUGUGACAAGGUAGGGGGGGUAUACAGAAGAUAACCCUAUUUGGUAAAAGACCAAGUCCAUAUUAUGGCAAGAACAGCUCAAAUAAGCAAAGAUAAAUGACAGUCCAUCAUUACUUUAAGACAUGAAGUUCAGUCAAUACGUAAAAUGUCAAGAACUUUUAAAGUUUCUUCAAGUGCAGUGGCAAAAACCAUAAAGCGCUAUGAUGAAAGUGGCUCUCAUGAGGACCGCCAAAGGAAAGGAAUACCCAGCAUUAUCUCUGCUGCAGAGGAUAAGUUCAUCAGAGUUAACUGCACUUCAGAUUGCAGCCCAAAUAAAUGCUUCACAGAGCUCAAGUAACAGACACAUCUCAACAGUUCAGAGGAGACUUUGUGAAUCAGGUUUUCAUGGUCAAAUUGCUGCAAAGAAACCACUACUAAAGGACACCAAUAAGAAGAAGAGACUUGCUUGGACCAAGAAACACGAGCAAUGGGCAUUAGACUGGUGGAAAUCUGUCCUUUGGUCUGAUGAGUCCCAAAUUCAGAUUUUUGGUUCCAACCGCUAUGUGUUUGUGAGACGCAGAAUAGGUGAAA